UUCGACCACGGCACGACCUCGUACCAAUCUCCCUGACCCGUCACUCACCGUAUACGCUCCUCUCAUCGUUCACCAUACCCCUCUCACCACACCUCUCUCACCAUACCGCACCGGUAAGCACCCGACAGCCAGCAUUCGAAAGUACUGGCUGGCCUAGACGGGAUUCGCUAUGCUACUCGCCCAGCUGAAGGAGCGGCAACGUUGUUUAACGUGUCUCGUCUGGCGCACGACAGGCCGUCAACCGUCACUACCGUUUCCAUCCAAACUUUCAGUCGCCGACCACUCUCUAGGGCGCUCUAGUACUACCCACUCUCCAUCGAGAGCCACCCAUCUGUCUUUGGCGUCGCUAGUGCAUAUCGCAGCCUAUUCGGGCCGCGCUAGCUACCUACGGAUACCACGAUCUCGACUAGAUGCAUCUAGGUAUUAGAGUUUAGGUUUAGUCUGCGUUCGGUAAGGCAUGCAACCGUUGGCACUUUGGGCGGUAAAGGGUGGUGAUCUGUGGUGGCUUCGCGGGCUUUGGUGAUGGGCGUUGUGCUGCAUCAUUUAGCGCUUCGUUGACAGUGGUUCUGGUACCGCGCCGUUGCUGUAAGCGAAACUGAAACCAUCAUAACUCAAAUCCGGGCUCGGUACCGCACAAACUAUCUCUGAUGAACACUAGGUAGUCUGCAACCACCAAUAC